AGACGGAGGCGACAUGCUCCUUGGAAACGUCCAUUGACUUCAAUGGACUUUAUGGCCGUUUAUCGCAGAACGCAGAACUCAUCACGACUGCUGUGAAAACUUCUACUACCACAAUUUUAUUUGCUGUUAUGUAUAUCUGCAGAUUUUCUCUACUAAACAUGUAACGUUUGAUGUGUGGUGGAAUGUGUAAACGGUUUAGACGGUUUAGACUGUGUAGACGUGUAGAGUAUAAAAGAAGGCAUUAGUAAAGGAAAAUGUAGUUCCGUGAGAAAACGCGUGCGGCUUAAUUUCCGUAAAUUGUACUAGUGAACAGAAGCAACAAUGUUAAAACGAAUGGAUUUUUCUUAUAUCGGACAGCCAUGCACUUCGCUUCGUAAAUUGAAUAUAUUAAUGCUAUGAACAUGGCUGGAAGGUCUGAUAAGGGGAGCAAACAUGUUGAUGAACAUAGUGUGGAGACUCUGGCAGAAGUUUUCCGCUGCUUCAUCUGUAUGGAGAAGCUGCGGGAUGCUCAUCUCUGCCCCCAUUGCUCCAAGUUGUGUUGUUAUGUUUGCAUUCGCCGAUGGCUAACAGAACAACGUUCACAAUGCCCUCAUUGCCGAGCAUCGCUGCAUCUUCAUGAAUUGGUUAACUGUCGUUGGGUUGAAGAGGUGACACAGCAGUUGGAUACCUUGCAGGCAGUUGGGUUUACAAGUACUCGUGGUGAUGACUGUGAUAGAGACAGAUGUGAAAGCCAUAAAGAAAAACUGUCAGUGUACUGCUGGACUUGUCGGCGGUGCAUUUGUCAUCAGUGUGCUCUCUGGGGUGGUACACAUUCAGGACAUACCUUCAAACCUCUGGAAGAAGUUUAUGAACAACAUAUCACCCAGAUCAAAGAUGAAGUGACUCAGUUGCGACGUCGGCUGAUGGAAUUAAUGAGUUUAGUACAGAAAGUGGAACGUAAUGUGGAAUCUGUUCGUGCUGCCAAAGAUGAACGUGUUCGUGAAAUACGUAAUGCUGUGGAGCUAAUGAUUGCUCGCCUGGACUCUCAACUUAAAGCCAAACUGCUUACAUUAAUGGGCCAGAAAAAUUCAUUAACACAGGAAACAGAAUACUUAGAAGCUUUGCUCCAAGAUAUUGAACAUCAGUUUCAUACUUGCACACGCUCUGAACUGAUUAUGAAGAGUGGUGAUCUUUCACGCAUGAUCCAUCAAGUGCGCAAGAAACCCAUGGCAAGCUUUGUGACUGCACCUGUGCCUGCGGUUUUCCAGAGUGAGAUUGUACCUGGAUAUGACAGUAGCACUUUCAUAAUGCAACAAUUUACACAGUUGCAGCAUAAGGCUGAUCCUGUGUAUUCACCACCGUUACAUGUGAAUGGGUUGUGUUGGAGACUUAAAGUGUACCCUGAUGGUAAUGGAGUUGUUCGAGGAAAUUAUUUAUCUGUUUUCUUGGAGCUUAGUGCUGGCCUUCCUGAAACAUCCAAGUAUGAAUAUCGUGUAGAAAUGAUUCAUCAAGGCUCUCGAGAUGCUAGUAAAAACAUUGUCAGAGAAUUUGCUUCUGAUUUUGAGAUUGGAGAGUGUUGGGGUUAUAAUCGAUUUUUUCGUUUGGAUUUACUGGCUAGUGAAGGCUACCUGAACACUGAAAUGGACACACUCAUAUUAAGGUUCCAAGUGCGCCCUCCAACAUUUUUCCAGCGUUGUCGAGAUCAGCAUUGGUAUAUUAGUCAGCUGUUAACAGUUCAGAACCAGUACAUUACACAAAUUAAUGAAUUAAAAGAGAGAAUUGCUAUUGAAAUUUCUCGCAAUAAUGUGUCUGCGACUCGUGCUAAUGGCAGUAAUGAUCCUGACAAUGGUACUAUAUCAGGAGCUCCUGCAAAUGUCAUUUCACCUGUAAUUGGUGACUGUGUACUAAGUAAUCAUCUUCUGGAGUCUUCUGUAGUAUCUGGUUCUUUGCCACAGAGGGCACCAGAUUCUGCAAGUGCACCUGUUGCACCUCGCGUAGCAGCUAAUUCAUUGAACCACUUAAUAAACAUGCCAGUGCAGCCAAAUGAUUCUUCAUUGGUACUUUCCACACCAGGCUCUUCACAUUCUCAGAGUGGAAAGAAUAUCAGUCCUAAUGUAGGAGCUCCAAGAAGACAGCAGCGCCAUGGCAAUGGUAGCAAUUCUUCAGGUAGCAAGAAUAGCCGUCAUGUGGUGCCUCUCACUACAUCUCUUUCAUCUCCUAGUCUGCUUAAUGCUGCUGUAGUUUUAUCCAGUUGCAGCAGUAGCGAGAGUGAGGAUGUGAGUGAACCUGAAGGGUAUAACGAUGACUGUGAGAACCAUAAUACAACUGUCGCGAACACAGAAGAAAAUUCCAAUGAUGAAAAUGAUGUUGAUGAUGAAACUAUGUCGGGAGAAAAUGAUGUGGAAUAUUCAUUAGCUGCUCAGCCAAUGCUAUUCAGAGAUCAAGACGCAAUAGCGGAUCAAAGUAUUGGGCGUGCUGGAAUGUCAAGAAACACACUAUCAGAGAGCCUUGAAGAUGAAAUCAUGCUUCUUCACCUGUUCGAAAUGCAAGAUCGAAAUAAUUCCAGCAUUUCAGAAUCAUCGCCUUGGACACCAUCAUGCUACAGUACAACUAGGUCUGAGUUCAUGAAUUCACAAGGGAAUUGUCAAGGACAACGCACUCUGCUAACUGGUAGUAGUGUUCUGGAUACACUGCAGUUGGACAUGGCACAGUUGGUACCUGGUCGAUCAGGUUCUCACCAUGAGGGAACACAGAGUUCAAGUGGACCAGUAGGUUUAGCCAGAAACCACUCUGGUUCAUCUCAUACAAAGACAGGAUCUGAUGCCCACCUCACGGCACCUGGAGGUAAAGUUUCGUUAGGAGCUUCCCGGAAUGUGCUUACUCCAAGGCAAACAAUGGCUCUACGUAGACAGGGUCAAGGACCUGUAGCCACUUCAACACCCAGUCACUUAAAGCAUUCACAGUCAGAUUGGAUUGAACUAAAUCCAGGCCGAGAAGAACGUCUGUGGGCAUUCAGUAACCUGCUGCAACAGUUACAUUUGUCACCAUUAAGUGAUGAAAGUGACACUUCACCCAACACUGCCAUUCUUGUUACCAGACUUGGGAAAAUCUCUGACACCUCUACAGAUAUGAACAGGGACCGCUCUCCGUCACCCCUUCAGCAACCUCCUUCCCAGGGUUCAUAUUCUCAAGUAAGCAGAGGUGAAAGGUCUUUAUUUAGUUGGACUCCACCACUUUUAUCCAGUGUGCAACAUGCACACAGAGAGACGGAUACAUCAAAACAAGAGCAUGACAUUGGAGUGGGAAACCAACCUGAAAAAGAAGAACUGAAGCAGAGAAAGGAAAACAGCUCAACGGAUGACAGAAGUAAGCCUUCGGGAUCGUCUUGAUUUAAUACACGGCGAAGCUGGUGGAUUGCUGUAUUAUCAUGUUUCAAUUGUAUAAUUAUUUUAUUAUUGUAUGGAUGUAGCAUAUCAGUCAGCACAGAAUCUCAAGUCUCCAUUGACAGCACAUAUGCAGAUAUAACAUACUGUUCUAAGAAAUUUGUAUUAUAUAUUAAAUCUACUGAUGACAUUUGCAUGAUUACUUUAUUGGUAAAUUUUUCAGUGCAGAAGUUUAGUUUUCAUUAAGUGAUUUCAGUCUUAAUUUAUAUUGUUUUCAUGUAAACAAAGCCAGAGGUACUCUAGUAUAAAGUUUGCAGUUCAUGAUUACAAAGGGACAGAAAAAUGAUGUACAGUACUAACAUUUCCUUAGGUUCAGAAAUUGCUGCAUGUUGGCUAAUUGACCCCAACUAUUUAGUGCUUUAGUUGUUAUAAUCAGGUACUUUGACUAAUAUCAGAUGUAACAGAUGAACCGCUGCCAUUAUAUUUUCUGCAAUAAAUUAUAAUGUAUGAUCCAUUAAUGACUUCAGUGAGGGAGCUGUAAAUUUAUUUUAUGUGAUAAUACAGUGAUGUGGGAACAUCCCACAUAUUAUCACGCAUUUCUGCAACGCUCGCACUCAGGCAACUAACUCUGCAACAUUAGUCAACACACUGCAGCUUCCGCCUCUCCACUCCAGUGCGGUCAUAGGAGUGAUGAGGCGGUAGCUACGCCAGACGCCCAGUGAGU